AUGUCGGUUGAUAAUGUUUUAAUUGAUGGUCAAGCCGUGCGGGACAGAAAUGAUGUCUUCAAGAGGACAUUCCCCACAAAGGCUGAUGAUCAUUUAUAUGAGUUCACCGAAAGUGCGAGUAUUGAGGAAAAUUUGCGUAACUUAUGCGAUGCCGCAUUGAACGAUAGAUAUUCUUUCAAAUACCUUUUUGUUUACAAGCCAAUUAUCUUAGAGGUUGUCUCACGUUGGAUAGAAUCUUCCGACGACAAGCAAAAGAUAGUGCUUGUUUUCGAUGCUGUGGCCAGGUACCUGGCGGUUUAUCCUGUAAUAUUGCCACUAGUUGAAGAAUUGCUCGACCGAGAGAAUGAAUAUUUGCUGUCUAUCAUUCAAAACACCGCAACUCAAGAUACAGAGCAAUUGAGAAUGAUCUUGCUCGCAUAUUAUAGAGUAUUAUUUCAUGAUAAAGACACUUUCACUAGGUUCAUAAAACCCGACGCACUGUACAAUAUCGUACAAAAAGUUCCCUCUGAAGUGCCUAGAUUUAUCGCCGUCAAAAUUCUUUCACUAUAUUUGGAUUCGGGGGAGGCUUCAUUAUAUGGCAUGAUAGAGAACUACAUAAGUUCGCCUGAGUAUAUUGUGGGUAUUUACGAGCUUGAAAAUGAAGUUAACUAUAAAUAUCUGGAACUAAAUGAAUCUAAAUUGACUUCAAGCUUUACAGCAUUACCGGAGGUACCUGAAGGUUUGACCACUUGCUCAGAUCGCGACAGCUUCGUUGUAGAACCACAAAGUUUAAGCAAAAAUAUCGUUUCAAUCUGUGGAAUACUCGUACCAAAAGUGCAGAAACAGGCAAGUAAAAUAAAAUCGCCUUUAGAAGUUGUUCCAACAAACGAAUGCGUCGCCGCCCUUCGUGAUUUGGCUCUUGGUCUCCAGGCGUGCAAGCCCAUGAUGUUGGUUGGAAGCGCCGGCUCUGGUAAAACCUUUUUAAUCAAUGAGUUAAGCAAAUAUAUGGAAUGUCAGGAUUCUGUUGUAAAAAUACAUUUGGGUGAGCAAACUGAUGCCAAGCUCCUAAUCGGUACCUACACAUCAGGUGAAAAACCAGGAACGUUUGAAUGGAGGUCUGGUGUUCUGACUACAGCCGUUAGAGAAGGUAGAUGGGUGCUAAUAGAAGAUGUAGAUAAGGCUCCAACAGAAGUGUUAUCCAUACUUUUGACGCUGUUAGAAAAGCGUGAAUUAAGUAUACCGUCUCGUGGUGAAAUAGUGAAAGCCGCUAAUGGAUUCCAACUAAUCUCGACGGUAAGAUUAGAAGAAAGGGCUCAGAGGAAGAAAAAAGACUAUGGUAAUUCUCUAAACAUUUUGGGAAUGAGGAUGUGGAGGAUUACAGAACUGGAGGAACCCAACGAGAUGGAUUUAUUCGAGAUUUUAAACAAAAAGUACUUCAUAUUGAAAAAUUUAGUUUCACAACUGAUACGCUGUUAUAAAUCUGUGAAAGCCAUUUACAUGGACUCAGGUUUCACAUCCCUAAACAGAGGUGCACAUUCAAGAAUUAUUUCUACAAGAGAUCUCAUCAAACUUUGCGCAAGGCUCCAGGCCUUAUUUACCAAAAACCAAAUUUUGAAGCCGGAUCAGCUGAUUGAGUCUCAUCUUUAUGAUGACAUAUUUUCAGAAACUGCAGAUUGUUUCAGUGGCGCUAUAAGUGAAUCAAAAGCUCUCGAACCUCUGGUAGGCUGUAUUGGUGAAACACUAGAGAUUUCAAAAUCAAGAAUUGAACUUUAUCUGACAAAACAUGUCCCAAAAUUUAUUAAUAAUGACAAAACUAUUGAGAUUGGUAGGGUUAAAUUAGAGAAGGCAACGGUUGCUCUGCAGAAAAGAUCAGUAAAUACAACAUCGUUUGCUGCAACAAAUCAUUCAUUGAGAUUAAUGGAGCAAAUAUCUGUCGCAAUUGAAAUGAGCGAGCCAAUCUUGCUAGUGGGUGAGACUGGUACUGGUAAGACGACGGUAGUACAGCAGCUCGGUAAAAUUCUCAAUAGACCAUUAACAGUCAUCAAUGUCUCUCAACAAACGGAAACUGGUGAUCUUCUGGGCGGCUAUAAACCAGUAAACUCUAAAACGAUUGCUCUUCCUAUUCAAGAAACGUUUGAAUCCUUAUUCAUUUCUACCUUUUCUUUGAAGAAAAACGAGCGAUUUUACAAAAUGCUACACAGAUGCUUCAAUAGAGGUCAGUGGAGGAACGUUUUGAAAUUAUGGAAGGAAGCUUAUAAAAUGGCAGAAAAUAUCCUCAAACCUAUUAACUCCUCCAAUGACUCAGAACGGAAGGAGAGCAAGAAAAAAAGAAGGAAGCUUGAUAGUCACGAACAGAAGGCAUUAUUGGAUAAAUGGAUAGAAUUCAAGGAUAUGACCGAGAAAUUUGAAGCCCAGUCAGAUUCUAUAGAUACGUCAUUUGUUUUCAACUUUGUGGAAGGUUCACUAGUAAAGGCUGUAAGAAAUGGAGAGUGGCUUUUAUUAGAUGAGAUAAAUUUGGCGUCAGGUGAUACAUUGGAAAGUAUUUCGGACUUGUUGAACGAGGUAAAUGCCAGAAGUAUCUUACUUUCAGAGAAAGGAGAUGCGAACCCUGUGAAAGCGCAUCCCGACUUCAGGAUAUUUGCUUGUAUGAAUCCAGCCACCGAUGUAGGUAAAAAAGAUUUACCUUCAGGUAUAAGAUCGCGCUUCACUGAAAUAUAUGUUCAUUCUCCAGAUAGGGAUAUAUCUGAUCUCCUAAUGAUUAUUGAUAAAUACAUGAGAAAGUACACAGCAGGCGAUGAAUGGAUAGGUAAUGACAUUGCUGAAUUGUACUUGGAAGCGAAAAAGCUUGCGGAAAGCAAUCUGAUAGUUGAUGGCUCUAAUCAGAAGCCCCACUUCAGUAUUCGUACUUUAACGCGGACCCUUCUAUAUGUUUGCGACAUAGUGCAUAUUUACGGCUUGAGGAGGUCACUUUAUGACGGGUUUUGCAUGAGUUUUCUCAACCUUCUAUCAAAAGAUUCAGAGUCUAUUCUGGAGCCAAUUAUUCGAAAAUUCACAAUAGCAAGAUUGAAAAACGUUAAUUCGGUGAUAUCUCAAGCUCCACCAUGCCCAGGACCUGAUUUUGUUCAAUUCAAACAUUAUUGGAUGAGAAAAGGAGAUAAUGAGGUAAAAGAACAACCUCACUAUAUUAUAACUCCGUUUGUCGAAAGAAAUGUAUUGAACUUGGUAAGGGCGGCUUCGAGCCGAAGAUUUCCGGUGUUGAUUCAAGGACCAACUUCCGCUGGUAAGACUAGUAUGAUUAAAUACUUGGCAGACUUGACGGGACAUGAGUUUGUUCGUAUUAACAAUCACGAGCAUACUGAUUUACAGGAGUAUCUGGGAACAUAUGUUGCUGAUGACACUGGGAAACUUUUUUUUAAGGAGGGUGUUCUUGUUGAAGCCUUGAGAAAGGGACACUGGAUAGUACUAGACGAGUUGAAUCUCGCCCCUACCGAUGUUUUAGAAGCGCUGAAUAGAUUGUUGGACGACAAUAGAGAGCUUUUUAUACCAGAAACUCAAGAAGUAGUUCAUCCCCACCAUGAUUUCAUGCUAUUCGCAACUCAAAAUCCUCCUGGAAUAUACGGGGGGCGUAAAAUGCUUUCACGGGCAUUUAGAAAUCGUUUUCUGGAGUUGCAUUUCGACGACAUUCCACAAGAUGAGCUCGAAAUAAUUCUUCGCGAAAGGUGUCGUAUUGCCCCCUCUUAUGCUAAAAAGAUUGUAGAAUCCUACCGUCAACUCUCAAUAGAAAGGUCUGCAACAAGGCUGUUCGAGCAAAAAAAUAGCUUUGCCACGCUUCGUGAUCUCUUCCGGUGGGCUUUUAGAGAUGCUGUAGGCUAUGAAGAGUUAGCGGCAAAUGGGUACAUGCUAUUAGCGGAAAGAUGUCGAACUUCUCAAGAGAGAGAUGUAGUGAAAAGCGUCUUAGAGAGAGUUAUGCGAGUCACUUUGGACAUGGAAAAAUACUACGAGGAGCUAGAAGAUGAGACUUUAAUGAGCUCAGAAAGUUCUGUCGUAUGGACCAAGACUAUGAAGCGGUUGCUGGCUCUCGUAUCCUCGUGCCUAAAGAAUAACGAACCUGUUCUUUUAGUUGGUGAGACCGGCUGCGGUAAAACGACAAUUUGCCAGUUACUCGCCUCCUCUUUGAAAAAGCAGCUGAUAACCUUAAAUGCGCAUCAAAAUACGGAGACUGGUGAUAUACUUGGUGCACAAAGGCCAGUUCGUAAUAGAUCUCAAUUGCAGAAAGAACUUUUCACUAACUUGUGCGAUGCAUUAAAACUUGAUGUUCAAGAUUCCCAGAGGAAAUCUAUCGAUGAACUUCUUAAGGAAUAUGAUGCAACCGCUGCAGCUCAUUCUGAGGAAUCCCGGGUGAGCACCAUCAAAGAACUGAGGGAAAAUUUAAAUAUUCUUUUUGAGUGGACAGAUGGUCCACUUGUCAAGGCAUUGAAAGAGGGUGACUUUUUCCUAUUUGACGAAAUAUCCUUAGCUGAUGACUCGGUGCUUGAAAGGCUAAACAGUGUCCUAGAACCUGAAAGAAGCUUACUUUUGGCAGAGAAAGGAUCCACGGAGAACUUUGUCACAGCCACUGAUGGCUUUCAAUUCUUUGCGACCAUGAAUCCUGGUGGAGAUUAUGGUAAAAAGGAACUAUCUCCAGCCUUAAGAAAUAGAUUCACGGAAAUUUGGGUGCCAUCUAUGGAAAACUUCAAUGAUGUUCAUAUGAUAGUUUCUUACAGAUUAAUUAAACCGCUUCAGCCAUUUUCCGGAGCCAUCGUUGCGUUUUCGGAGUGGUACGCAAGGAAGUUUGGAGGCGGCUCUACUACCAAUGGUGUAAUCUCAUUACGUGACAUUUUAGCGUGGGUGGAGUUUAUGAAUAGCGCUUUUCCCAACGUCAACGAUGCCAAUGCAUUGUUAUUCCACGGUGCAUCCAUGGUUUUCAUAGAUGCCCUAGGGACAAAUAACACUGCGUAUUUAGCAGAGAACGAAACAAACUUGAGUAGCCUUAGAAAGGAGUGCAUUGAUGAGCUAUCAAAGCUAGCUAAAUGUGAGCUUGAUGUUCACAUCAAAAGUAUUUCACAGGUAAAUGUUUCACUAGAGUUUGUAGAAGUAGGAUUGUUCAAAGUUCCCAAGGCAUGUCAAACUGUUAUACAGCCAGCGUUCAAUUGGAGUACACCUACAACGUCUAUGAAUUUGAUGCGAGUUGCAAGAGCACUACAAUUAAACAAACCAAUUCUACUAGAAGGUAGUCCCGGUGUGGGGAAAACGAGUCUAGUUACUGCUUUAGCAGAAGCUACUGGCCACAAACUAACGCGUAUCAAUCUAUCUGAACAAACUGAUCUAAUUGACCUUUUUGGCUCAGAUGUCCCCGGUGAGAAGACUGGAGAGUUUGUCUGGCGGGAUGCGCCAUUUUUAAGGGCUAUGCAAAGAGGUGAGUGGGUCCUGCUUGACGAAAUGAACCUUGCAAGCCAAUCAGUUCUGGAAGGUUUAAACGCCUGUCUAGAUCACCGAGGGGAAACUUAUAUUCCGGAACUCGACAAAACUUUCGUUCGACACCCAAAUUUUGUUGUUUUUGCAGCCCAAAACCCUCAAUAUCAAGGAGGAGGAAGAAAGGGAUUGCCAAAAUCGUUCGUGAACAGAUUUAGUGUCGUAUAUGUAAGUAUGCUCUCGGCAGCAGAUUUGCAACUCAUUGUCACUAAAUCUUUCCCCAAUGUUGACCAACAUGUGAGUAGUAAAAUAAUACAGCUAAUGUCGAGUCUGGACGAUCAAGUUUGCAAAAGAAGAGUAUGGGGUAGUAUGGGAUCUCCUUGGGAAUUCAAUUUAAGAGAUACUUUGAGAUGGGUAAAGCUGCUGAGUAGAAAUUCCGAAUUGGGAUCCUGUAAAGCAUCAGACUUCCUCGAUUCAAUCGUGAAACAGAGAUUCCGGUCUGAGACAGACAGACGUCAUGCCGCUGGAAUAAUAGAAGAAAUUUUCGGUAAGUGUGGUGACCGUGAUUCACUUUUCAAGAUAGAAAAGGAUUACAUUCAAGUCAACGGAGAACUUAUUGGGAGAAACCCAUUGUAUAGCUAUCCUACCGGCACAAACUUGUUUCUUUUGGAAUGCAACAUUCCAAUAUAUGAGACUGCUUUGAGAUGCAUCAAUAAUAAUUGGCCUCUCCUACUCGUGGGUCCAAGUAACUCCGGAAAGACAGAGAUUAUUAGAUUUCUUGCUUCGAUAGUUGGUGCUAAGGUAAGCAUGUUCUCAAUGAAUAGUGAAGUAGAUACGAUGGACAUUUUGGGAGGGUAUGAGCAAGUUGACAUAGUGAGAAAAAUUUCCUACAUUACCCAUGAUCUGCGCUUAUACUUGAGAAAGACUCUGCUUGCUAAUAUUGGAUUUGACACCCCGAAUGAGAAUGCUAUUAUAAGUGGUUUAGACCUACUCAAUUACAUAUCUAAUACCACGGUAGGCAGAGAAAACUUUUAUGACUUUAUAGAGAAGUUUGAAAGUUUCCUGAAGCAUUUUGAGAGUAGUAUGGCUUUGAACGAUAUAACCGAAAGACUAAAAACUCUCAACGAGAUUAUAGAUCAAGAUGUUACCGUGAAAUUCGAAUGGUUUGAUGGUAUUUUAGUGAAGGCGUUGGAAGAAGGCCAUUGGCUGAUCUUGGACAAUGCCAAUCUCUCUCCUGCCUCCGUGCUAGACAGAUUAAACUCGCUGUUGGAAACUGAUGGAUCCUUGGUAAUGAAUGAGUGCAAUCAAGAAGACGGGCAACCUCGAGUCUUGCGGCCUCACAGAGAUUUUAGAUUAUUCCUUACUGUCAAUCCAAAAUACGGUGAACUCUCAAGAGCCAUGAGAAAUAGAGCUAUUGAGGUUUAUGUUGAGGAUUUGAAAGAUAGAGCUUCCAAAUUUGAUUCUUUAUGUUUAGGAUAUCACCCUGAUAUCAAAUUGAACCUAAACAAGCUACCCGAUAUGGAGAAAGAAAUGGAGUCAUUGCAUCUAACAAAAAGAGGAAUAAAGUUUCCGUUAAGACGUUAUUUGCCGGCAAACUUCUCUUCGUUCAAAGCUUUUGGCGAUAUCUACGACAUUAUAGCUUUAAGUCCUAAAAUACCAGUCCCCGAAACUCUAUUAGGUUCCUUUACACUUAAAAAACUGGAAGAAGUAGUAAGUUGGUCAACAAGUUUACGUAGCGAUACUUCCCAAAUUGAAUCAAUGGUCCAUGCUUUGUAUGCAUUUUUGAUGAAAUUCAACAUUCCUGAGAGGAUGUCAUCCUUAGCCCCUUCAAUCAUGCGCGAGGAGCUACAAGUACCAGGGAACACAAUUCUGGAUCGAAACGAGUCUUUUCUGAUUCCCGUGCUCAAUCCUUAUAUUAUUGCUAGCAUGAACCAAACAGCUUCGUUUAUGUCUUCGGCUGAAUCUAUUUACCUAUUCAGUUGCAUGAGAAUGAUUUCACAGGGCAUGCUGAAGUUGGAAACUAUUGAAAAAAGAGCGCUGGGAGGAAAGAUCAAUGAGCUAACUUACAUAGAACUCUCGGCAGCUGUUAAAAUGGGUCGGAACAUCAAACAGCCACCUAAGAUACCGAUCUUUCCAUUUCUCGAAGGAAUGCUCAAGAAUUUAUUGCACAGUAUAACUGUUUCCGAUCUUUUUAAUGAAUCGAACAAAUACGAGUUGUUUACCGAACUCCUUGUCAUUUGGGAGGCUGCUCUAGAAACAUCAUCAUCUAAAGAUGAGGCUAGACUCCGGGCCUAUAAAGAUCUCUUUGAGGAUUGGUAUAAUUCGGCGUCGGAAAAAGGUCUCCAAAUCCAGUCUUUUUCAGAUUCUCAUUUUGCAUUCGACUCUGCUGUAACUUUGGUAAGAGGAAGAUCGAUAAGUUUACUUUGGAACACGUAUAGGGUCGAAUAUCCAUCAAACCCCGAAAAUUGGCUGUUUUGGGCAGAGUUAUCAUCGCUUUCCAAAAAAUUUGAUAACAUUGUGUUGCUUCAAUUUUCGGAAUCUUACGAUGAAGUAAAAGUGCUGAGAGAAUUUAUCGUGACACUCUUCUGCGACAUUUUGAAUAAUAAUGUAAACGACUUUAGAAAACUUAUAUCGAGACUAGAGGUAGGCGUGGAAAAUUUGAAGACCAUAUCGGAUAAGUUUUUAGUCAAAAGAAAGCACUUUUUUGUCGAAGAAUUUGACAGCCUAAUGAGAUUCUGGUUUAAUGGAAACGAAGAAUGCCUCCAAGCGGUCACAGAUCUCAGUCCAAUGUGCACAAUCUCAACGAAACAUAUUUUGAAACUACAAAAUCAGCGUUAUUGUUAUCCGCCUAUUUUUGAUCUUCUUUGGACCAAGCGGGAAAACGAUGUGGAAUGCUUCACGGGAAGUCUCGUUUCGCCAUCCUUUAUCGAAUGCGUUAUUCUCAAAGCAAAAAGGUUGCAUACUUUUCCGGGCAGUCAUAUUCAUCAAACAAUUACUGAUGCAAAAUUACUACUCGAGUCCACACUGAAAUUUCCGGCGAAAGUUCUGAACAAUCAAGUUGAGUUACUUGCUAGAAAAUUGCGAGACUGGAUAUUAAAUGUCAUUCAAAUUCAUGUGAAAUCAGAAAUUGGUACUUUGAUAAACACAGAUAUUGGAGACAUAGUUGUCAAAGAGGCCACAGAUAGCUUUUACUCCGUCUUCAAUGAGUAUCUUUUACCUGCCUUAACAUUUUGCAAUAAUAGUACUUCUGAAGAUGCAGUCGGACGAGGAUAUAUUCUGUUUGGAGUUGGUUUGGUCGUUCUGUAUGCGCCAGAUUCACCGUAUGAUCCUGCUAUUCAUGAUUAUGUUACCUAUGACUGCUUUUUAAAACACAAACAGUUUUCAGAAGAUUUAAAAGAUAGCUUCGCCGUUCUUAGAACGGUAAGAAGUGGAGAUACUCCGAUAUAUGCUGAAAAAUUACUGCAUUCUACCUCUCAGCCACGGGCGCCUUCCAAACCGAAAGUUUAUAGACCAGCUUCUUCCAUCGACAGUUUGCUCGAUGAGUGGACUGCUUUCGUCAACUCCACUGCAAGUCCUGAUCACUUGAAAGACAUGGUGAACUCUCUGGAAAACUGGACUGAGACAAGCAAAAAUCGGAUAUCGAUGUUCCAACGAAACUCAACGCACUUCUUGGAGCGGAUCUCAGAUGGAUUCCAGUAUUACGCAGAUUUGAAUGACAUUUUUGCGGGCUAUAUUUAUAGCAUGAAGCUAGGAUUUGAUCUGAUCAUGUUCAAGAGGUCCAAAGAGAUGGCAACGAUGGCAUCAUCAUCACUGUGGCCUGUUAAUCCACUUCUCAUUGUCAAUGAAACACAAUUAUUAGAGGUGUUCAAAGAUAUGAAUAAAAUUUUCAGGAACAGUACGGUAGAUAACUUUUCUAUUGAGAAAAUAUUAGUUUUCUUUUUGAAGCUUUUCAAGUUCCAGAAAAAGCCUGAAAAGAUGCUUCCGGUUUUCAAUGAUACUCUACAAACUUUGUAUUACAGGUAUUCUUUGAGACGGCUCCAAGUGCAGAGUAAACAGCAGGAAGAGAGCAAAUCAUUCAAAUACAAAGAUGUUGAUGACGACUAUGAGGCUGAUUUCGCUUAUAUGUUUCCUGAUUAUGAGAAUGUUUUGACUCUGGAGAAUACUGAAUUUCAAAAGACUGACGAGGAUAUUGAUCAAGUCAAUUACAUGGUCGCUAAAGCAUAUAUGGAAGUGUUUACAGAAAACCGGGAGAGUAGUAUCAGCCAGAUGUUGAAUGAAGGUUCCGAAGUACUGAAGUUGCUUGUUGAACAUAAAAACGUUUUCAAAUCUGACAUAUUGGAUGCGAAGUAUUUAUCGGCAGCCGUUAGUAUACUAGCUAGAGAAAUCGAAGCUUUUGAAGGGCCUGUUGACUCUGAGGAAAUCGAUUUCUACAAAGGCUGUUCAAUCCAGGAAUCAAGGCAGGCUGUUCGUGUGGUCGAAGCAUUAUGCCACUUUGUGGCGGAUCUUCUUUCACAAUGGCCUGAGCAUGCAACUUUGAAUGAACUUUUUAGAAUAUGUCAAGAAUUUUUGCAAUAUUCAGCUAUGACACCAAUAGCAAAGCAAUUACAAAAGAUCGAACAAAUUUACACUUUUAUGGCAGACUGGGAAAAAUACGCCUCUUCUCAAGUAUCGCUGAAGGUUCACAUUAAGAAUGUCACGGACCUAAUUAUUUGUUGGAGGAAGCUAGAGUUAAAAACGUGGAAUAGCCUUUUGAAGACAGAGGACGAAAAUCAAAUUUCAAAAGUGGGCCAAUGGUGGUACCAUCUCUUUGAAACAAUAAUAGUUUCCAACUCAACGGAUGGUGGUGCCCCACCAAUUGGUGUACAAAAUACCCCUCUUCUGUCCUCACUGAACAUAUUUCUAGGAAAAUGUAGUUUCGGUGAGUUUGGUGUUCGUUUAGAUAUCUUGAGAGCCUUCUCAGAGCAUCUAUCAUUUUCAAAAUGGUCAAAUAAAGAAGUAUUGAAGGCCGUUCAGAAUAUAAUUUCAUAUUAUGACCAGUUUAAACCAUCGAUUGACCGCUACAUAGCAGAGGGCAGAAACGUUAUAGAAAAAAACAUUUCGGAGGUCAUCUUACUUGCCAGCUGGAAGGACGUAAAUGUGGAUGCUCUAAAGCAGAGUUCUCGACGCUCUCAUGGUAGCUUGUACAAGCAUGUGCGAAAAUAUCGUUAUUUAUUAUCUGAAAAUGUAUCAUCUAUUAUCGAAAACGGUAUAAGUUCAAGCGAGAAGGUGAGAGUGUUGACCUUGUUCCAAAGGGCACCUGAGUUUUAUGAAUUGGAUCUAUCAUCCGCUAAACUGACCGUUCCUGAAAUUCCAAAUUGGUCUUCAUGGCCAGAGACGCUAAAAAAUAUCGACACAGUAGAAAGCAAAAUGAAGAGCACUGUUAGAAAGCUAUCAGAAAGAGAAAGCCCUAAUUUCGCUGAUUUUGCCAGGGGCCUCUCAGAGCAAGCCGAAGAGCUGUCAAGGUUGACACCAAAAAUUUUCAAGAAGAAAGACAAGAAUUUAGCUUCUUUAAAAAUGCAAAAGAGUAAAGUUCUGAACGAUUCGUUGAAAGAGUUGAAGAGAAUGGGUCUGAAGACCAACUUCCGCCAAGAUAUUCACAAAGUGCAACUCAGCUCCACUUCAAUCCUUUCACAUAUGGCAUCAUUCAAUAACACACCCCUAAUGGGUUGUGAUGCUUACUUUCUGAGAGUAAUAGAUAUUCUUCCUCGACUUAGAAAUGCAGCUCUCUCGCCUUCGGAGGAUGUUCCUCUUAACAGUGUUGAAAGAGGAAUGGCUAUCAUGGAGAAUCUGGUUUUCUCGUUGAUCACCACAAGAGAUCCAAUGCAAAAGCUAGCCAGUAACUAUUUAAAAGUUAAUGAGUUCAGGAUUGAGUUGGAAAAUAUCACUCAGUUUGAGGGAGAUAUCCAAUAUCCAUCAUUGCACGCAAGUAGCGGCUAUGUAGAGAACUGCUGUAAAUGGUUACCGGCUCUAUUAGACUAUGCUAUUUCCAUUAUUGACAUUAUAUGCGACGAAAAACAAAAAACCGAAGAAAUUUUCUUCUUGGAGCACGUUAAAGUUCAAAUCAAUGAAUUUUCCAGAUUAAUCACUGACAAUUCAAUUUGGAAUCCGGCUUUAAAGACAACAUGUCUUGAUUUUGAGCGCUUCCUACAUAAUUUGGUCGAUCAACUUCGAAAGAGAAAAGAAAAAUCAGCACUUUUUGUUUAUGAUAUCAUUUUGACAUGGAUACAUAAUCAAGCUGCCGUCUCUGAAAAAAAUUGUGAUGAACCUGCUUUGGAAAAUUUCGAAAAUAUCUUCAGGAAAGUUUUCACUAGCAUAUUACUCUCCUUUCAACACCUUAUGGUUGAUGACUUUGAGUCAAUAACGGAGCAAGAUGAUAAGUGGCUGUCCAUCAUUUCUAAAGACUUGAUGAAUAGUAUUAAAUUUUUAAGGUCUACAACUGUUCUGAGACACAUAGAAGCUGCUAUCUCGUUUUUAAUACAAAACAGUUUCAUGGCAAGAACUUCUACUUUGGUCAGGUCCUUAAUCACAUUUACGUUGCCCGUGAUACGUCAAUAUCUAGCGGCAAUGCAUGCUAUCUUGAUCAAGUCCAAAAUGUUUUACGAGAGUUUGGCUCAUGGCUCUUACAUCUUAUCGCUGAUAUUGCAUAAUCUUGCUAAAGAUGGCUUCUGCUCUCCUGCACCACCAUCUGAAGAAGUUGAUGACAAAAACUUACAUGAGGGUACUGGUCUUGGAGAUGGAGAAGGAGCUCAGAGUAACUCAAAGGAUAUUGAACAGGAUGAGGAUUUGACGGAGGAUGCUCAGAAACCUAAUGAGCAACAGAAUGAAGAAGAAGAGGAUUCUGGCGAAGAUGAUGCUAUUGAAAUGGAAGGUGAUAUUGCCGGUCAAUUGGGCAACGCAUCUGACCAAGAGGAAAGUGCAAGUGAUGAAAAUGAAGAGGAUGAAGAGGAUAUGGAUGAGGAGAUUGACAAUAUAGAUGAUGAUGACCCCAAUGCCAUCGACGAUAAGAUGUGGGACUCAAAACCAGAUGAAGAUGUCAAGGAAAAAGAAACCGAUAAAACCCUGGAAAAUGAAAACAAUGACACUGACGUCCAGGCAGCAGAAAAUGAAGAUGGUGCUGAAAACGGCGAUAAUCCGGAUCAAAAGGAAGAGGCUGCUGAUGAUGGUAGUGAAAAGGAGAAUAAUCAGGAGCAAAAUAAUGAUGAUGUCUCUGACGAAAAUGCUGAAACAGAGGAGGAUGUGGGCGAACAGGAGGAUGAAGUUCGUGAUGACGAAGCCGGAGAUUUGGCUGCUGAUGUCCCUGAUGUUGAAACCAUGGACCUACCAGAUGAUAUGAACCUUGAUUCAGGAAAUGAGAACGAUGAUGAACAAGAAAUGAGUGAAGUGGAUGAACUGGAUAACAAGUCCAAUAAAUCAGAUGAAGAGGAAGUAGAAGAAGAAGGGAUUCAAGAUGGAGAUACUGAAGAGCAAGUGGAGCCAGAGAAUGAUGUAUAUAAUGAUGAAGAAGAGCAGGGUCUUGGCGCGGAAGACAAUGAAGAUUUCAAAGAAAAUGAAGCAGAAGAAAGCGAGGAAGAUUCGUCAAACGUUAAUCAAGAUAAUGAAGAGGCAUGUCCUUCGGAUGAAGAUGACCUAAUGGAAAUGGAGAUUAAAGAAGAGGAAGCAAACGCCGAAGAAGGACAGGAUCAAACUGAAGGAGUGGACGGUAUCGAUGCCAGCUUAGAGGAUGACAAUACUGACCAUGAUGCGGCCGUUCAACAACAGAGCGGUAACAAGGGAAAGGGCUCCGAUGCGAAAGAUUCGGAAGAGCAGCAAGAUAUCGGAAGUUCUGGCGAUAGCGCAAAUGAUCAUCACAAUCAAGAAGAGAGUGAAAAAGACGUUGAAACAUCUCGGGACAAUGCAAAAGAAGCUUUGAAACAGCUUGGUGAUUCUUUAAAAGAGUAUCAUAAGCGAAGACAAGAUAUUAAUGAGGCUUCUCAAAAGGAAGGUGAAGAAAGCACGGAGCAGGCAGCUGAUCAAAGACCUGAUGAGUUCGAGCACAUAGACGGUGAAAAUACUGAAUCAAAUACGCAAGCACUAGGCACGGCUAACCAGGAUCAAAUUCAGUCGAUUGAUGAACAAAAUGCAAUUGUGGAUGAUGUGGAGAACGAUGAGGUGCCUGAUGAUGAUGAUGAUAUUGAUAUGAUUAAGGACGAAGCCAUUUCUGAUGACGAGGAGCUUGAGGAGGUUCGGUCAGGCAAAGAAAACAAUAAUGAAGAAUUGGAGGGGAAGAAAAAGGCCGGCGCUUUCAUUGGAGAAAUGAAAGAAACUAUCGACCAAACCUCUGCUUACAAUAAAAACUCAUUGCUCAAUAGCAACGAUGAUGAGCUGGAUGAAUUAAUGCAGAUUGCUGACUUCGAGACUCAAGAAGAUCACGACAAUGCGAAGCCAUCGAGAAGUCUUGAAGAGUCAAGAUCCUUGUGGCACGAAAGCGAGCUUGCAACUGCUGAGCUUUCCGCUAGGUUGAGUGAACAGUUGCGUUUGAUUUUGGAACCUACUUUAGCUACCAAAUUGAAAGGAGAUUACAAGACGGGUAAACGUCUAAACAUGAAGCGAAUUAUUCCCUACAUAGCUUCUCAAUUUAGGAAAGAUAAAAUUUGGCUGAGGAGAACAAAACCUAGCAAACGUCAAUAUCAAAUCAUGAUAGCCCUAGACGACUCUAAAUCUAUGAGUGAGUCCAAAUGUGUAAAGCUGGCUUUUGAAAGUUUAUGUCUGGUUUCCAAGACUUUGACGCAACUCGAAGCGGGUGGACUCUCAAUUGUUAAGUUUGGUGAAAGAAUUAGGGAGGUUCAUAAGUUUGAGGAGCAGUUCAGUAAUGAAACCGGUGCAAAAUCGUUUCAAUGGUUUGGAUUUCAAGAAACGAAGACCGAUAUCAAAAUGCUAGUGGCCGAGUCAAUCAAAAUCUUCGAACGUGCCCGUGCUUUAAAUAGCGGCGAUCAAUGGCAGUUGGAAAUCGUGAUAUCUGAUGGUGUCUGUGAAGACCACGAAACAAUCCAGAGACUGGUUCGCCGUGCAAGAGAAAACAAGAUUAUGUUAGUCUUCGUGAUUAUCGACGGCAUUAACUCAAAUGAAUCUAUAAUGGAUAUGAGUCAAGUCGAAUAUGUACCAGAUGAGUCCGGAAAUCUGCAAUUGAGAAUCAACAAGUACUUGGAUACAUUCCCAUUCGAAUUUUACGUUGUGGUUCGCGACAUCACUGAAUUGCCGGAAAUGCUAUCUGUCAUUUUGAGACAAUUCUUUUCGGACUUGGCAUCAUUGUGA